AUGGCACUGGACCUGUUAGAGACCAGGUUCUGGGCUACAGCUAAGCAGCCCAAUGACACAGACUGCUCUAAUACAGAGGGCAUCUGUCCGCUGACAUGUGAAGCCAUGGACCUGGCCUGCUACCUCAUCGACAGCAAUGCUUUCAUAAUCAUCUCCAAAGAAAAAAGCCAUGUGGGGAGGUUCUUUGGAGAAGUUGACGGCUCAGUGAUGGCACGCCUUAUCAAGAUGGCCAUGUUCAAAAGGGUAUCUCUGUACGACUAUCAGGCCAUGUGUAAGAUGGGAGGACAUUCUGCCAGCAGCGCCAGACCCCUUCUUAGUCCCUUCUAUGGUCUGGCGGCUGCUCUAAAGUGGUUCCUCACAAACUUCCUACUGUUUUUACUGGAGUUCAACAUCUGUGGUCUCUGGCACUCUGACCACUUUGCUGAAGCCAAGCCUGGCUUCAAAGCGUCGGCCCAGAAGAAGAAGGGAGACAUCCUGCAGCCGUGUGACACAGAGUACCCCAGCUUUGUCUACGAGCCCUCCAUCAAGGAGACCAACAGCCUCAUUAAGUGUGGACGCUGUCAGAAGAUGUUUGUAACCCAGGCUGUCCCUGACAGUAACCUGCUGAUGUUGGUGGUACAGGCAGACUGUGACUGUUCCCGUCAGUACCCUGCUAUCACCAUGGAACCCAAGGAAGUGAAAUAUAACGCCUCAGUAAAGUGUGACAGGAUGAAAUCUCAGAAGGUCCGUAGGAGACCCGAGUCCUGCCACGCCUAUCACCCUCAGGAAAACGCCAAGGAGUGUGGAGAUGCAUCGCAGAUCUACCUGUCUGUCUCUCUCUUCCUCACCUGUCUCACUGCCUCCUUCACCUGUCUCAAGGCCUCCACGCUGGUCUUCCGAUGACAGACAGAUAGCUACCUAGCCUAAACCCCGCCCCCUCUGGAAAUCUCUCUAGAAUGUUCCAGAAUGCCUGAUCUUAGCAUGCCUGCUACUGCUUGCGUUAUCUUUAUCAAUCAAUAUGACUAUAUGGCUAAAAUUAUGAUAUUGAUCAUUUGGGCUGAUGGACUGAGAGGAAUAAGCUGUUGACUGACUCCAUGCUUGAUGACUUUACAAUCACAGAGAGAUGUUGACUGACUCCAUGCUUGAUGACUUUACAAUCACAGAGAGCUGUUGACUGACUCCAUGCUUGAUGACUUUACAAACACAGAGAGAUGUUGACUUCAGAUGUUUGAUGUCUUUCAACCACCAAAGUUGUGCUUCUUUGGACAACCGUUCUAAAACCAUGAAAGGGCUUUUUGGCUUCUUCUUCUUCAGUGUCUGAUAAGAGAACAUUAUAGUGUUUCUAUGCAAAAGGAAACAUACUUUAUUUGACCGUGGAAAGAUCCAGUAUCGUCAAUACGAUUCCAAAGGACUUGACUUUGCAAUAAGACCAUGGAAGACUCUCAGUCUGUGGAUGAUGGGUUUUAUAAAUGGUUUUGAUAAAAUAAUACUCUGGAUUCAUGCAUGUGUUGUCUGUUUACCUUAAGCCAUGAAAUGGAGGAAGAACCUUGGACAAGGCAGUGGCAUCUUUGAACAGUGAUACAAUUCAGAUAGUAGAAUCAGUGACCCCUGCUGGUUGAAAUAUGACAUUGCAGGAUGGUGAUGAAUCAACUGGAGGCUGGCUGGCUGCUGAAGGAUGAACACAAUGGACUCAACUUCCACAUUGUUCUGUUCAUAACUCAUCAGUCUUUGGUCUACGCACCAUAAACACAUCAAGUAUCUACUAUUAAAUGUGAGCUGGGUUUUCACUGUUGGAAAUGGAUGGACUGUUUCAGGAAAAACCUUCAAGUCACAUCAUAUAUGCAAUCUAAGGCUUAUUAACCAGUUGACUUAGUUGGCUGACUGCAAAACAAGAACCAUUACUGACCACCUACUUCUGUGAUGGACUACUAGGUGGAACAACCAUUCUGUUAGAAGGAACAACAUUACAAUGUGAUGGACUACUAGGUGGAACAACCAUUCUGUUAGAAGGAACAACGUUACAAUGUGAUGGACUACUAGGUGAAACAGCCAUUCUGUUAGAAGGAACAACGUUACAAUGUGAUGGACUACUAGGUGGAACAACCAUUCUGUUAGAAGGAACAACGUUACAAUGUGAUGGACUACUAGGUGGAACAACCAUUCUGUUAGAAGGAACAACGUUACAAUUUGAUGGACUACUAGGUGGAACAACCAUUCUGUUAGAAGGAACAACGUUACAAUGUGUUGAUAUCAGGAUCUCCAAGGUGUCUUUCAUCUGAGUUUUACUGUUUGACUCCAAAUACUUUUAUGAUGGUUUAUAGUUUUCAGCUAAAUUCAUGCAUUCAAAUAUUAUAUUUUUCAUGACAUAAUCUGUUCUUUCUAAUUCAAAUGACUUGAAUGAAAUGAGUAUAAAAUGCAUCAUUGAGAAUAAUAGGAUGGGAUACUACUAGUAUUGCUGCUGGACAUUAAACACUACUGUCAGAUGUUACUGUCUAGUGAUUUUCUAACUGGUGUUUUUAUCAGUCUGUCCUUUUCACUUUGACAGUGAUGCUCUAAUGAUGUCAUAUCAUCAUGUGGUAACUGUCCUCAUGAUGCAGUAUUGUUGAUAAAAGAUGCUGUUGCCCAUGUGUAUGUAUGUAAUGUGAUGUCCUGAGUCCUGUGUGUCUUCUGUGUGUCUGGCUUGGCUUGUGUCCCACAUGGUACCCUUUAACCCUAUGUAGUGCACUACUUUUGACCAGGGCCCAUAGGGAAUAGGGGACCAUUUGGAACACAGCUUGAGAGUCUAGAAGGCAAUUUGAUUCUCACAGCACAGUUUGAUUGACAUGUAGGAUAAUCUGCAAUGGAUCAAUAAUAAUACAAUGAAUAAACUUCCCCUUUAUUUUAAAGUU